AUGGUGGUUUCAAACAAGAUGCAGAAAUCAGUAAUGGUGGUUGUCAGCAGGCUCUUUCAUCACAAGCUCUACAAUCGUUACAUCAAGAGCACCUCCAAAUUAAUGGCUCACGACGAGCAGAAUCAGUGUAACAUACAUUUUUCCAAACUUGAAGAUGCCAAGGCGACUGUAACUUUGAAUGGGCAGUUAGAGAUUGCCGGUAGGGUUAUUAAGGUUUCAUCAGUUACUGAUCAUGUUGGGGUGCAAGACUUAGGUACCAAAACAGUUGAUUUUGAUGAUGACAAUGGUGGUGGUCUGAAGCUUGAUAGGAGUGGCACCGCAACAAGCGCUAAAUGGGAUAGCUUCAAGUCAACAAGCUGGUCAAUAGGCUGUUACCUUACUCUUACCAUGAAUGGACAAGUUGCCAUUCCUGCUGCACUUCUUCCAACAAUUGUGGUGUCGGAGCCUAUUGGAAUCCCUAGUGAAUGUCACCUCUUGAAGAAUAUGUUUGAUCCGACCAUGGAGAUGGACCCAGAGUAUGAUUUGGAAAUCAAAGAUGAUGUUAAGGCAGAAUGUUCCAAAUAUGGUCCAGUUCUGCAUAUUCAUGUUGACAAUGCUGGUUAUGUAUAUCUUCGAUUCGAAACCAUUCAAGCUUCUGUAGCUGCUCAAGCAGCAAUGCAUAAGAGGUGGUUUGCACGCAAGAUGAUCUCAGCAGUAUUUUUGGAGAUUCUUGAUGGAAUUGAGUUUGCUAGGGGUGACUCCAAAUCAACCUGGGGUUCUAUGCGUGCAGUAAUGGGGCACCCAUAA